CGUACAACCCAAGUGAUACGUGCAGAGCUUCGAUGGGGCUGUGGUGGAUUGUAGAAAGAAUUGCAGCGUGCCCUGAGAUUCUGGGACCCCCUGGUUACUUUGGAGAACCCCCAUCCAUUCUGAUCUGAAUCGAUCCACCAGCCCCUUCUUCGUAGAUCUCAGUCUACACCAGACAAAGUUGUCUACCUGCUAAAUCCAUCCACACUCUCCAUCUGUAAACAACCCAGCACAGCGUCAUGGCGGAUGAGCUCAUGUUUAGCAUGGAGGAGGAGGGCAGUGCCACGAGACCCCAAGUUCCAGGGAAGACCCCAAGCCAGAGGAACGCCUCUCAAAGGGUCUGCCCUGCCAGCGACACUGAUGAGGAUGAUGAUGAAGACUUCGUCCUCUACCCUAUCCUGGGCGAUCCAAAUAAGGAUAUCGUCGACUACCUCCAGAAUCUGGUUGUCAACAAACAGCUGUCAACCUCCCUGCCAAAGAAUGACUUUUUGUACAAGAGUGAGGCCGAGCCGUUGUCAGUGUCUCAGCCCCAAUCAGGCACGCCUGUUUCUGAGCAUGCAAGGGCAGCGUGGAAACAUGCCAUCGAGAAGGCCAAAGCCAUGCCUGACCCCUGGGCUGAGUUCCACCUGGAGGAGAAGAAGACAGAGCUGUGCACACGCUACAGGUACAACGCUGUCACAGGGGAAUGGGCCCAAGACGAAGUCCAUAUAAAAAUGGCGGCCCAGCCCUUUGGACGCGGCGCCAUGAGAGAAUGCUUCAGGACGAAGAAGCUGUCCAACUUCUCCCACAGCAACAACUGGAAGUCGGCCGCCAACUACGUGGCCAAGAGCUACAUGCAGCCGGUGGAGCGGGACGUCUACUUUGAGGACGUGCGGCUGCAGAACGAGGCCAAGCUGUGGGGCGAGGAAUACAACCGCCACCGCCCGCCCAAACAGGUGGACAUCAUGCAGAUGUGUGUGGUUGAGGUCACCAGCAGGCCCGGCAAGCCCGUCUUCCACCUGGAGCACUACAUAGAGGGCAAGUACAUCAAGUACAACUCCAACUCGGGCUUCGUCAGGGACGACAACAUACGCCUCACGCCCCAGGCCUUCAGCCACUUCACAUUCGAGCGCUCGGGCCACCAGCUGAUCGUGGUGGACAUCCAGGGGGUGGGGGACCUCUACACGGACCCCCAGAUCCACACAGAGAGGGGCGACGACUUUGGAGAUGGAAAUCUGGGUGUGCGGGGCAUGGCGCUGUUCUUCCACUCUCACCUGUGUAACAAGAUCUGCAAGAGCAUGGGCCUGACGCCUUUUGAUCACUCCUCUUCUGAGAAGGCCCAGCUGGACGGCACCAACAAAUUACUUCGGUCGGCCGAGACGGUGCUGAGGGGCUGUGAGGAGCAGUGCGGGUCUCCCCGCGUGCGCACCUUCUCCGGGUGCCGCGUCCCCCCGCUGCUCUCCCGACUGUCGGAGACCUCGUCCGCCGACGACAGCGUGAGCGAAGGCGGCGACUCGGUGCCCUGCUCCCCCCACUUCAUGCCCUGCUCCCCCAUGGCCGUCCCCAGCUCCAUGGGCAGGUCCCCCAGCGGUACGUCCUACAACAGCAACGAUGAUCAAGAGAGAUACGGCAACAGCAACACAAAUGAUAACCAGGGGUCGGAGAGCGGUGGAGACAGCGGUUACCCCAGCGAGCGGAGGAGUGACGGGGAUCCCCCGGAUCACGUAGACGGGGCCAAUCAGCGCCUCCAGCGAAACUAUUCCGAGUCGGACGAGGACAGUGUCAGACGGCUGACAGAAGAGAAGUGGAGCUUCUACCAUACUGCUAGAGCUCAUAUCCACCGUUCGUCGUGCGUGGCCGUUGAGAUGGAGAGGCUCAACUCUGCCCUGCAGGAGAGGAAGAUUGGACAGUCCGUCCUGGGCAAGGUCCACCUGGCCAUGGUUCACUACCACGAGUCGGGCCGCUUCUGUGAGAAGGACGAGCCCUGGGACAAGGACUCUGCGCUGUACCACCUGGAGCGGGCCUCCAUGUGCGGGGAGCUGCAGGCCAUCGUAGCCCUGGGUCAGUGCUACAUGCAGCUGCCCCACCACAUCCUGACCAACGUCCAGCUGGAGGAUAACGCAGGGAACAAGAUGAAGGGCUUCAAAUACCUGAUCCAGGCGGCCAAGGCUGGGGACAGACACUGUAUGAUCAUGGUGGCCAGGGCCUUCGACACCGGACUCAACCUGUCAGCCGACAGAAAGCAGGACUGGGCGGAAGCUGUUUUCUGGUACGCCAGUGCCCUAGACAUGUGUGAGGAUGAUGAGGGGGGAGACUUUGAUGGGCUGCAGGAUGACCCGCGCUACAUGGUCCUCGCAAGGGAGGCCGAGAUGUACCAAGAGGGGGGCUUCAACCUCACCGCAGACCCCCAGAAAGCAGGCGAUCUGUUUACCGAGGCUGCAGAGGCGGCCAUGGAGGCGAUGAAAGGGCGGCUGGCCAACCAGUAUUACAUGAAGGCGGAGGAGGCUUGGGCACUGAUCGAGGAGGAGGAGGAGUAGGGAGAAGGCGGACGAAUGCAUCUCAUUUGAUAAUGCAUGUUUUUAUUUAACAAAAAAACAACACAAAGGGGAAAAGAGUCAACUGAUAUGGCUUCAAUGUUUACAGUGUUCAAGUUUUUUUGUAAUAGGUUCAAUGCCUUUUAUUUUCUCAAACUGACAAAUUCUCAGAUCUGUGUUUUUCUCAAAAAAUCAUAUAUCCCUGCCUGGUUUUGACAGGAGAAUGUAUGUAUAGCGACAAGAUACCUGGUUCUUCAAAUGUUUUCUAUGCAAGAACGGAGAAGCAUAAAUAAUUGUCUGCAUGUCACUUAAACAGCUAACGUUUUGUUAAAUAAUGUUUUGCAUGGAUGCACUUGAUUGGGAUUAUUGGUUUAUUUGUAAAAAAUAAAGUUUUUUCGGCUUUAAUAUUCAA